AUGUAUUCGUACGGAGAUCCGGAUCCGGGCCCAUCAGGUCUAUUGCUAUUGCUGGCCGUUGUAGCAAAUUCAGCAGAUGAGUAUGUGCCUAUCGAUCACGUCGUGGACGGGCGCAGCAAGAGGCGCGUGCGGCUGCUGAACCCCUACGUGCUGCGCCUGCGUCGCGACGCGCCGCUCGAAGCGUACAAGUUGAAGUUUGUUGAAGUAAAUACCACCUUAUAUUAUUCUCUUUACCUGCUUCAUAGACUGGAAAUCAAUUUUUUGAUGAUAGAACAAAGGCAAGGCAAUAAGAUCGCUGAAGAUUUAGUGUCCGCGUCGCUUUUAUCAGCGAGCCCACGAUUCACGCUGAACAUGGCGCGACGCCCCUCGCACGUCACGUUCCGCCCAAGGAAUGCUAAUCGAAGUGUAAACAGCGCGCCAAAAACUAACCCAGGAAACAAGAUAAGCGUGCGUCAUGCCGGAAGAGUUAAGCGGCAGGAGAAGAAUGUAAUCAUUGAGGAAGAUGAUGGCGUAGAUUGGAACAAAGAAAUCACAGAGCUUUCUCAUGAUUCUCACGAUUCCCAAUUGUCAAAGGAAUUUACCCUAUUAUUAUGUUGCUACUGCAUCGCUGCAAUGUUACUCGGUGUUAUGACUCAACUAUGUGAUUAUUAUUUUGUUAUUUUUAUAUUUCAUGAUAUUUGUAAGGCAACCGAUGAUAUUAGAAAAUGUGACAAAAACGAAAUCAUCAACACAAGAAAGGAAAUGGACAGUGCUUUUUUGAAUGCCAUUAAAACGAACUGGAACUAUACACCUCAACCGCAACGCAGAUAUAAAGAUUAUGAUUAUGUUGGUAAUUUGGAGAAAGAAUUCGCUUUGUAUAAAAUAGAAAAACCUACUUUAUGGUUUUACGUCCAUGUUCAUCUGUUUGAGAAAUUAAGUACACUUAAAGGAAACACUCUUUGGAACGACAUUACAAAAGGCGUGCCAGUCAGUGUUAGUUCGAUGACCCCGGAGUGGAGCAGCGCAGACAUGAACGUGCGGUACAAGCCAGUCGAUAGUGUAGCGAGAGAAGAUUUUUUUCUACCUAAGAGUAGUUUAAGUUUAUUAGUGCCUGUAUUAGAAGAGAAUGUGAACGCGAUAUCAAACAACAUGGAUUCCCUUGACGACGCCAACUAUUUACUGGUUCCAACAGAAGAUGUUUUAAAUGUGCAUAAGACUGACAAAUCAUCAAUGACUCUUACGAAUGUUUCUUCUAAUGGUAAAAAAGAGGUUCGACGAAAAGUAAUUGUACGUGUUGCAAGAGCUUUAAACAAUGACAUGGAAGACAAAUUAAGUGUUGUAAGUCAGGCAUCGGACAAGUUCCUAACAACGCAGCAUCGGGGCACACUCCAUGCUCAAGUUGAUUUGGAAGCACGAGCAGAUGACAAUCAGCUAGUUCACGAAAGUGCACCCGGCCGAAUUGCAAUUAUUGUUGCUGAUAAUACUAGAGGCAGUCGAUCAACGUUGACGGUGCAAGUAACCAACACGGGUCUCUUCGUGGCGCGAUUUAGAGCACAAAUACGAGAUUGUAAUUCGGGUCUGAUGCAGCUCUCAGCAAAGCAGAAAGAGGACCUGACCUCUGAGGCAGUGUGUUUGCCGCCACGGCACACGCGGCGCCUGCAGCUGCGCCUGCCAGCGUUCCCUCCCGGCGAGAAUGCCGAACUCCACCAGUGCACUGUUGUGGCCAUAGUUUACCUCUUAAAUGAGGAGGGCGAGUCGGUAGCAGUUCGGGAUGCGCUCAUAAAGAAAGGAGAUCACUGCUACUGCGUGUGGCAUUGCGACUGCAUCUGUUACGGCGAUAAUCCUCAGCUGCCGUGCCAGGAGAUGUCUGCGGCGAGGCAAGACGCCGCGGGCUUGCCGGCACGGCGCGGCGCCCGUUUCUCUCGCGCUUGCCACUAUGCUGAUGUGAUAACGAUUAAUAUUUCAGUCGUUAUUAUUGGUGUUAUUGGGAUGUUACUCUUUCUCGGCGUGUUGAAAGGUCUGUUGGGGCUGGUAUGGCCGCGAGCGGGCGUGUGGGGUCUGGACUGGAUCCUCGAGGAGCCGAGACACAUCGACCGCUAUCGCGAGCGCAGCUUGCGCGCUCGCCGGGUGGUGUACGACACCAAGGGCUGGCCGGUGCAUCCGGACACUCGCAAGAGGACAGUCAGAGUUGUCAGCUUGUACGUUUCGUGCUCAAAUUACAAGAUUACCAAAAUUAGAUUCCAGCGUUUUGGUUUUAUGUACCCGAAACAUAAAAAAGUAAAUAAAAAUUGUGAUAAGAAAGUCCACGGAAAUACACUGGUGCAGUUUAUAUUGAAUGUUAUAUUUUUUAUGGUGACUCCUGGGUUGGUAGCAGUAGACGUAUUAAAGCAUUUAACGAAAGGCAAGUCAUGCCCCGCUUCUGUAGCCGUUGGCAAGAACAAUGCAAACCUGCCCAAAUGUUCGCAGGAGACAUUAAGCCGCCGUCAACAAUCGCAGGUAUUUUGA